AUGCUCUUCACCGGCCAGGGGAGCCAGUGGCCAGGAAUGGGAAGGGAGCUCGCCAAAGACUACCCCGUCUUCCGAGAGGCGCUGGAAGAGCUGGCCAGCCACUUCGAGGGUCUUCUGCAUCAGCCUCUGCUGGAAGUCAUGUGGGCCGAAGCCGAUAGCAAGGCCGCAACUCUGCUCCAGGGGACACAGUACGCCCAGCCCGCGUUGUUCGCGCUUGAAGUAGCCCUGUGGCGGCUCUGGGACAGCUGGGUCGUGCAGCCGCAAAUCGUCCUCGGCCACAGCGUCGGCGAGCUGGCUGCCGCCCACGUCGCCGGUGUCAUGGGCCUAGAUGACGCGUGUAGGCUUGUGGCAGCCCGAGGUCGUCUGAUGCAGGCGCUGGACGUCAAGGGGAUGAUGGUGUCCCUCGAGGCGAGCGCUGCCGAGGUGGCUGCCGCGAUAGAGUCGCUGGCUCUGCAAGGCAAGGCUGAUAUCGCCAGCUAUAACACGCCAAGACAGACGGUUGCUUCCGGGGAUGUGAAUGCCGUCGAGGAACUCUGUUCAUGUUUCACUGCCCAAGGCCGCAGGUCGGCCACGCUCGACGUCUCCCACGCAUUUCAUUCUCAUCACAUGGAUGGAAUCCUGGCAGAGCUGCAAGCCGUCGCCGAGAACGUGCGCUUCAGCCCGCCCAAGAUGGCCGUCGUGAGCAGCUACACGUUCGGUUGUGGCCGCGUCGAACUGCCUACGUACGCCUUCCAGCGGGAUUGCUUCCGAUCUGGCAAGUUCCGGGAUAUCAACAGUAGUAUCGGUCAUGGCACGAGUGAAGUCAAAACUAGCGCUGGCGUUGACGAGGCCAAACAGCAGGCGGGCAGGUUUGGUUUUGGUAUCAACUGGCUACGGGCAGACGUGGACGUUCUCUGUCCUGGUGCUGUAUGGGGGAUACUCUGCCUAGCAGGUGAGGUGACCUGGGCCGAGGAAGUAAAGAUUGCCUUGUCAUCCGCUGGCGCAAAGCUACUCACUGUCUCGCAUCUCCGCGACGCCAACGGGCUGGACGGCCUGCUCUGCUUAUGGGACUCGGAUAAUGAUGUUCUUAUUCAGACGCGUGAUUUGACUGCACAAGCACUAUCUCAAGUCCAGGAAGUCACACAAAACACAGCUGCUCCGCCGGUAGUGUGGAUCACGCGGAACGCCGUUGGCAUCAAUACCGACGACAGAGCCGAAGGUCUCGGGGCGGGACCGUUAUGGGGCCUGAGGCGAGCUGCUUGCAACGAGCACCCGGAGAUGAGGCUGCGCUUGGUCGACUUGGGCAAGGGCGAAGCCAACCUCAAAGUACUUGCGCAUUGCCUCAUGCUGGAAGCCGAGCCUGAGUGCGCUGUGCGCUACUGGCAGGUUUAUAUACCAAGGAUGCAGCGCGUGGAGACAUGGUCCCCCGAGAAGCAAUCUUCCGACCUAAGGCUCGUCCGGAGAGACGGAGCCGUGCUCAUCACAGGUGGCACGGGCGGCAUUGGCCAGCGCGUGGCCAGAUGGCUGGUGGAGGCCCAUGGCAUCCGCGACGUCGUUCUGGUCUCGCGUAGAGGCAUGAGGGCACCUGGAUCCGAAUCACUCGUCCACGAGACGGCCCAGCUCGGUGCUGUUGCUACAAUAGUGGCCGGUGAUAUAGCUGACGCAGACAGCGUCCGGGAUAUCCUCUCUCUGUUUAACGACGGUCGUCCUCUGCGCUGUGUGAUACACGCGGCCGCCGUCAUAGACGACGGUGUGAUCUCGGCCCUCACUCCGUCGCGGUGCGAUGCUGUAUUCGCGCCUAAAGUUGACGGCGCCUGGAACCUGCACCAGCUGACCAAGGAUAUGGAUCUGGAUCUCUUCGUCCUGUUCUCGUCCGUGUCGGGUGUCAUGGGCACUGCUAGCCAAGCCAACUUUGCCGCUGCCAACACUUUUCUCGACUCGCUCGCUUACUUGCGCCGUGCUGAAAAUCUACCGGCUACUUCUAUAGCAUGGGGCGCUUGGGAAGGCGAGGGAAUGGCGGCCCAACUGAGCAAAACUUCUCGCGCUCGCUACGCCCAGCUCGGUCUGGACUCGCUCACUUCGCAGGAUGGACUGGGACUACUAGAGCAGGCUGUACGCCGCGGCAGUGCACUUCACGUGGCAGCCGCAUAUGACUUGGAUCGGCUUCGGAAAUACUAUGAGGCCAUAGGCGGCAUACCUCCGCUGUUGCAGUCACUGCUUAGCCAAGGAAGGGGCCAGAACCAAGUCGAUACAAAUGUCCAAGACUGGGAUCUGCGCGAGGCUUUGAGCAAGACAAACACUCAGGAACACGCAUCUAUUAUCUUGGGACUUGUCCGAGCGACAGUGGCCAAGACUCUGGGAUUCACGUCGCCAGACGAUGUCGAUGUUCACCUACCCCUGAGGGAGAUCGGGAUCGAUUCGUUGACGGCGGUUUUGACACGGAACCAACUCGUAUCUUUGACUAAUUUGGCCUUGCCCGCGAGCAUUAUCCUCGACCAGCCUAAUCUGAUGUCUCUCAGCCAGAACCUGCUCUCGCAGCUUCAGCUCCAGGAAGAGUCACUGGCCGAUUCCAGCGAGCCAGCGUCCGGCAGCGCGACUCCUCCUACUUCGACGACUAGCACCACGAGCAUUGAUUAUGCAGCAGUUUGCAAGGGCUGUGUCGACCCAAACCUGACUUUUGACAACGUGACGGCAGGCGAGUGUUCUGUGCGACUCGAGCCUGCUUCCGUUACUGGCGCUACAGGCUUUGUAGGCGCCUUUAUCUUACACGAACUGCUGGACAUGGGAAUCAUCGCCUACUGCCUAGUACGUGCCAGCAGUAUUCAAAAAGCUACGCAGCGGCUGGUUGCAACCCUCUCAGGCUAUGACCUUUGGAAGCCUGUAUACGCUCCGCUGCUCCGCGUUGUGGUUGGAGACAUGUCGGAAAGCCUGCUCGGCCUUUCCGAGACCUUCGACGACAUAGCAGACCAGGUGGAUGCUGUCUUCCACGCAGCUGCACUGGUGGACUGGAUGAGGUCAGUGGAAGACUACAUAGGUCCCAAUGUGAUAAGCACUCACGAGGUCCUCCGUAUGGUCGCACGCGGCCGCGCAAAGGUGCUCCACCACGUCUCUACGGUAUCAACGCUACCCAUACACGCGGGCUACGGCGUCUCCAAAGAUGACCACGAAUACGGCUACGCCACGUCCAAGUAUACGGCAGAGCGCAUGGUGUCAGCUGCGCGCUGGCGCGGCGCGAGGGCUAUCGUGUACCGCCUGCCAUUUAUCACCGCUUCGGUGUCUACCGGCCACUUCCGGCGCGACCGCGGCGACUUCCUGCACGGCCUGAUCGCCGGCAGCGUCGAGAUUGGAGGGUUUCCCUCACUUGUGCUGCCACUCACCGAACGGGGCCGUUGGCACGCAUCGCGGCCUUGA